AUGGAGACAGUCGAGGCCGCUGCACCUGCUGCUGCAGUAAGUCCGCCGCGCUUUUCAGGCCGUCGCAACGCCGCCAACGAAGGUGCAUGUACGCCCUCGUGCGCUCAGUCCAGCCGAAGCGACUGCCAGCGUAAUGGGUUGUGUGCGUCAACCGAAGUCGUUGCCGUCCAGACGAAGGCCAAGCGAAAGCCGUCGGCUGCAGCGAGGAUGCGCCGGAUGGCGAAUCAGAUUCCAGAAGAGAUCACGAAGAACGCAGAGCUGACCAAAGCCAUCGAGCAGCUGCCAUGGAACUACAACUUUGAGAUCCACAAAACCGUGUGGCGGAUUCGUCAGGCUGGCAGCAAGCGCGUGGCGCUGCAGUUCCCUGAAGGCCUGCUGCUGUACGCGUGCGUCAUCUCUGACAUUAUUGAGCGAUUCACAGGAGCUGACAGUAUUAUUCUCGGCGACGUUACGUACGGUGCCUGUUGUGUGGAUGACCUCAGCGCGCUUGCGCUAGGGGCCGACUUUAUGGUGCACUAUGGCCAUAGUUGUCUUGUGCCUAUCGACGUCACGUCGAUCAAAAUGCUCUACGUGUUUGUGGACAUUGCCAUCGACGUCGACCAUCUCGUCGACUGCAUGAAACUGACUUUUGCCUCGGAUGCCAAGCUUGCAUUGAUGGGAACGAUCCAGUUCAGCAGUUCCAUCCACCUCGUUGCUUCGAAGUUGAGCGACCAUUUUACAAGUAUGGUCGUGCCUCAGGUCAAGCCACUGUCCCCUGGCGAGGUGCUGGGCUGCACUUCGCCCGUCAUCGAGGGAGUUGAUGCUCUCGUGUUUAUAGCUGACGGCCGCUUCCAUCUUGAGUCGGCCAUGAUCAUGAACCCAAACCUGAAAGCGUACCGCUAUGACCCGUACCCGAAGGUGCUAACGCUCGAGAAGUACGAUCUCCCGCAGAUGAUGGCAAUUCGUCGUGCCGCUAUUGAUGAAGCCAGGGGGGCCAAGAAUUUCGGGGUCGUUCUUGGAACGCUCGGACGCCAGGGUAACCCGCUGAUUCUCGACCACAUAAAGCAGUUGCUCGAGCAAAGCGGAAAGACAUACUUUGUGCUUCUUCUGUCUGAGCUCUUUCCCGACAAGCUCGCGCGGUUCAAAGACGUCGAUGCGUGGAUUCAGAUCGCGUGUCCGCGGCUUUCGAUCGAUUGGGGCUACGCGUUUCCGAAGCCAUUGCUUACUGCUUACGAAGCAGAAGUGUGUUUUGAGCGAACGCGAUGGAGAGAAGGCUCGUAUCCGAUGGACUUCUAUGCCAAAGGAAGUGGUCCCUGGACGAACUAUCACGACCGCAAGAAGUGA